AUGAACAAAGUUAGUGAAAGUGAAGAGAUCUUAGAUCCAUAAAAUUAUAGUAAAAGUUUAAAGUACAUAUUUAAGGCUAAUAAUAAGUAGGAAAAGCAAUAGGCCAUAACACUAUUAAAAGGUGGACGCCAAUUUACGAUCAUAAAUUAUAGAUUAAGCUUGUAAUAAAGGAUAACCCCUAAGAUAGGUUUUAAAUCACAAUAACAUGAUUUAGGUUGCAUAAAACUUAGGCAUUAAGUACUCUACAGGCAAAGCUAUCGUCCAAGUGUACCAGAGUGAAGGUAGAAUAGGAAAGAAAAGAACAAGGGAUAAACGAAUUUAUUAAGAAAUAGAAACUUACAUCCUGAUUGUCAACAAAUAAACAGGAAAAAUAGAAAAGUUAAAGCAUAAGUCUGAAUGCAACGACCUUAAGACAAACUUUUUGAAUGCUAAGUUAAAGUAAAUAGCCUUUAUAAUAUUUCAGCCUUGAGGAAGCUCACUAUUCUCAAAUAGCUCAAUACUUUGGAAAAUAUAAUCUUAGUUUACCUCAAGAACAUCUAGAACAAUAAAAUGAAAGCAUUAUAAACUUAAUGAAAAUCUUAAAUGAUCAAUACAAACAAUUCCAGGAAUCUGACGAGAAUAAAUAGUGA